GGUCAGAUGUCAUUUGAAUGUGAAAACAACGUGAAAUUCUAAUUUCAUAGAAUAAUUAUACUAAGUGUUUGUGAUAUAAAACUUGUUUAUAGAGUAUGAUUUCGAAAUAUCAAAUAAAUGGAUUGUUAUAGUUUGAUUGAUAGAUAACGCACACAGAUAACAAAGUUUUUGCAGAAUAAACACCAUGGCAAUGAAUUACGUUCGCCAAUUUACCAGAACUGCCCUAAUUGUUCCAAAGUCGAGGAACGUAGCCCUAAGGGCUAUAAGUACGAGUGAGCCGGCGAGACUUGGCAUGAUACCUAUUGUGGUCGAACAGACUGGUAGAGGAGAGAGAGCUUACGACAUUUACUCCAGACUCUUGCGGGAGCGUAUUAUUUGCCUAAUGGGACCCAUAAAUGAUGAUAUCAGCUCCCUAGUUGUAGCUCAACUCUUAUUCCUGCAGUCUGAAUCCAGUAAAAAACCUGUACAUCUGUACAUAAACUCUCCUGGCGGCAAUGUGACUGCUGGUCUAGGUAUAUACGACACCAUGCAGUACAUAACUCCGCCGGUGGCGACGUGGUGUGUUGGACAAGCUUGCAGUAUGGCAUCCCUUCUUCUAGCAGCUGGUGCACCAGGCAUGCGUCACGCAUUACCAAAUUCCCGUAUAAUGAUCCAUCAACCGUCUGGUGGUGUUCGUGGACAAGCCACUGAUAUUCAAAUUCAAGCUGAAGAGAUUUUAAAACUGAAGGCGCAGAUUAAUGGACUUUAUGUCCGUCACACUGGUUUGGCUUUAGAAAAAGUGCAAAAUUCCAUGGAGCGAGACCAUUUUAUGUCACCAACCGAGGCUAAAGUGUUUGGCCUGAUUGAUAAUAUACUAGAGCACCCUCCAUCCCAUGCAAUGGAAAAUGAAUGUUCAGUUCCACCAACAAGUCCAGCUGCUGCAACUACUACUGAUUAGAAUUUUUAGAUAGAAAUAUGUAACAAAUUAAUUUUAUUGACAAAGGACAAUGAUAAUGUAAGUUAAAGGGGUAGAUAGGUUUGAUUGUUUGAAAAAAUUUAAAAAUAAAAUAAUUAAUAAUAACAAUAUUAAUAUUCAUCUUUAUAAACUGCUGCCAAAGUUACCCUCCAAUACUGGUUGCAGUGAAAUAAACACAAGCAUUUUCUUGGAUGUUAUAUCAGGUAACAUUUUGUAGGUGCAUUCAAUGUUAACUAGGUGAAGAAAUGUAAUUAUUUAGCCUUCCUUAGGAAGGCUAGAUUUAUGACACUAAUUAGUGAUGACAAAUGGCUUAAAAAUGGAAAGUAACAUAUUUAACAUACUAAUAAUAUCAAAUGUUGGUUUUCAAAUUUUUAUCAACUAUCUGAACUUAGUUUGGAUGAUUAACCAGUUUUAAUGAGAAUACAACCCAUCUACCUCCUUACUUAUAACACCAUUGGUAUGGGUAAAGUAAAAUAUAUGAGUUUAAUUUUUUAAA